AUGUCAGACUCAGAAGGAGAAUUGGGUAUCUUCGAAGAGCCCGAAGGCUUCUACGAGGCCGAAAAAGAGCCCAGCUUCGUAGACUACACUCUACAAGGCGGUUCGAAGCUGACUCUACGCUUGGUCGGGCAUAAUCCUCUUUGGGGACAUUUCCUCUGGAACGCUGGUCGAACGAUUGCUCUGCAUUUCGAAACGAACCCUCAACUUGUAAAGUCAAAGACCGUCCUGGAGCUAGGCGCUGGUGCUGGACUGCCCUCUCUCAUCUCAGCACAUCUUUCUGCCAAGCGUGUCGUUGUGACCGAUUACCCUGACGCCGAACUUAUUGCGAACUUGUCUUACAACAUUGACGCUUGUGCCGCAAAGCUUCCCAUUGUUGCGAAAGGAUAUCUCUGGGGUGCUGAUGCCUCAACUCUAAUUGAAGAGGUGAAACCGGAUGAGGGGUUCGAUGUUUUGAUCCUUGCUGACCUGCUGUUCAACCACUCCGAACACGGCAAGCUUGUCCAAACCGUCAAAAACUCUUUGAAGAAAGACGGAACCGCGCUAGUAUUCUUUACUCCCUACAGACCCUGGCUGCUGGAAAAGGAUCUAGCUUUCUUCGAUCUAGCAAAGGAGAACGGGCUUGUCGUUGACAAGGUUUUGGAGAAGGUCAUGGACAAGGUCAUGUUUGAAGAAGACCCUGGUGACGAGUUGUUACGCCGAACAGUCUUUGGAUACGAGAUGAGGUGGUCUUAA